CAUUGGAGGGGAUGUAGGUUGGUGCUCCUGCGAGGAUUCGCAGGACAUCCCUUUGUGAGACCCAAACGGUAGCCGGACGGCACAUCAAUACCCCAUCCUUAAUUGCAACCUCGUAGCCUUGAUCACUAUUGAGGUAUAAAACGUAAACUAAUCUAUCACUCAUCUUGCGCCUUAAGCCCACUCUUCACAUCAACAGUCACUAUUUCAUUGAUUGACGGAUUGAGAGCUGCUCAUACCAUAAUCAUACCACAAAACUGCCUCCAUCUUGGCGACGCCACAAUGGCCGAGCCGAAGACCAUUGCUCUCCUUGGGUCUACUGGGUUUCUGGGUCCAUACAUCACAGCCUCUUUACUCCAGAAACACAGUCGCGCCAAGAUCCUGUGCCUCAAUAGGAGUGAGGAUGGAGAACAGCGUACUACAUCAUCUUUGCAGCGCAUCAGCAGCGACAACCUCGCAAGUUCUAGCCGUCUCCACUUUAUGACAACCGACAUCACACAACCAAACCUUGGACUGGACGAUACGCAGUACAAGCAACUCGUAUGCGAAGUCGAUGAAAUCGUCUUCAACGCCUGGAACGCAAACUGGGCCGUACCCCUCGCAAAGUUUGAGCCACUCCUCAAUGCCGUACGCAACGUCGUUGAAGCAUGUAUCGGCAGCCCGAGAAAGGCACGUGUAACAUUCGUGUCAUCAAACUGCUCAAUCAUGAACUGGCCAAGCCGUCAUCCCGAACAACCACUCAUACCCGAAGAACCGGCUUGGGAGUAUGCCAGCGCUGCGGACAGCGGGUACGGACAGAGCAAAUGCAUCGCUGAGCAACUUCUCGCCCGCGCGAACCUAGAUUCCGGCGUACGCAUCGCCAUCGUACGUGCAGGACAAAUUGGUGGACCGUCGUCUGCGAUUGCUAGUUCGCCAGGCUGGCCAAUCCAAGGCUGGCUAUGGGUCACUUUCAAGACAAGCCAGCAACUAGGUUGCUGGCCUGUUCACAUGAACGCUGUCGACUGGAUUCCUGUCGAUGCUCUUGCAGAAGGCAUCACCAACAUUACACUUUCGCAGCCGAGUAACAACGACGUGACCAAAGUAUACAACAUGAUGCAUCCUAACCCCGCACCUUGGGUUCUUUUGCACAACGUCUUGACUGAGAAGUUUGGUUUGGCGGUCAAGGGGGUUACGCUCCCGCAAUGGCUUGGCCUACUUGAUCCCAAAGUGUUUAAGAUGCAUGGUUUCAUGGCAGCAGCGGGCGAGGGGAGGGAGCAAGAGGCUAUGGUCUUUCAUAAUAAGAAUGCGCUGGAGAUGUUACCCAAGGUUGAGAAUCUUACGGCGAAGCAGAUUGAGGUAUGGCUCAAAGGGUGGAGAUUGAGACUCGGCGAGGCAAGGGCCAGGCUUUGAGGGACGAAGCAUAUGUGUAGUGUGUCAAAUUUGGAAUGAAGCUUAGUUGCACCACAUUUUGAACUACGAUGAGACAAAGCUUGAACAUGAAAUUGAGAAUGAUCAAUUCUUAGCAGUAAUUAAUAUGUAACUGCGCUAUACGGUCCUGCCGUCAGAUACUCUAUGUGUACCGUCUACAAAGUCUGCUUGCCUCUUGU